CCGGCCUCCUUAUGCUACAUCACAGCAGUGGCUAGGGUUUAAAAUUCUACUUUUCGUUUCUCUUGACCUUUGCUAUACCUCCCCCAAGAUUGUGUCUGUUUCACCGAACAUGGCCAACGGUCCUGCACCAUUUUCAGAUAUUGGCAAGCAAGCCAAAGACCUAUUGACCAAAGAUUACAAUUUCGACCACAAGUUCACCUUUUUAGUUCCGAGCCCUACUGGGCUGGGACUGACAGCCACUGGUGUGAAGAAGGAUCAAAUAUUUAUUGGUGACAUAUGUACUCAGUAUAAGAAUGGGAAUACUACUGUGGAUGUGAAAGUUGAUACCUAUUCUAAGGUAUCUACAAAAGUGACCGUGAAUGAAAUCUUUUCCUCGACCAAAGCAGCAUUAAGCUUUGACGUACCUGAUCACAAGUCUGGGAAGCUGGAUGUGCAAUAUCUUCAUAAUCAUGCGGCCAUCAAUUCCAGUAUUGGCUUGAACCCUGCCCCUCUUUUGGAGGUUGCUGCAACACUUGGAGACAAGAAUCUUGUUUUGGGUGGUGAAAUUGGUUUUGAUACUGCCUCUGCUUCAUUCACCAGAUACAAUGCUGGGAUUGGGUUUAACAAGGCAGAUUUCUCUGCAGCUCUUAUACUAAUGGACAAAGGGAAGGCAUUGAAGGCUUCGUACAUUCACUCUGUGAACCCAUUGAAUGGAAUUGUGGUUGCUGCAGAAAUGACUCAUAGAUUCUCCUCAUAUGAAAAUAGUUUUACCAUUGGAAGCUCUCAUGCAAUUGAUCCUUACACCAGAGUAAAAACAAGAUUCUCUGACAAUGGAAAGGUUGCAAUGCUGUGCCAGAAUGAAUGGAGGCCUAAGUCUCUGAUAACAGUUUCAGCAGAAUAUGAUACAAAGGCCAUCAAUGCAUCCCCAAAGCUUGGACUUGCCCUUGCUCUCAAGCCCUGAAAAUAACCAAAUCCAGGCUCUCUGGUUCAAGAUUGUGGGUUUAACCUUUUGAUGUCGCUGCAGUUAUUUAGACCCCAAGGUGAGAUUACAUUUUAACAUCAUCAUUUGGGAAAAGCUUGAGAUAUAGCAGGUGUAUUGCAAAAUUCAAUUUCAGAAUGAAUUUUGGGAAAUUGAACCCAGUUUUGAAGACAUUCAUAUAGCCACAAUUGAAACACAUUGUCAUUGAAGUUUUGGAAGACUUGUAAGCUUAUGGAGGAUGAGCGUACCAUAAUAUGAUGGGAUCAUGAUACUUAAUAAUCUCUUUUAUCUGGGUUCCAUAGUGGUGGAAUUCGUGGUUAUUUUACCUAAUUUUGUCGGAUUGUAAUUUCGCAACCCAUUUAUUUUACCUAAUUUUCGUGGAAUUCGUGGUUAUUUUACCUAUUGUGUUAGUGGAAUGGUUCUUUACUUUCA